AUGCCAGCCCACCGGCUGCAUGAGCAGUUUCUGCCUAGGGCCACCCGGGUCCCGGUUGCUGCUUACCUGCCUCUGAGCCUCCCACUUAAGCUCACUUCCAUUCCACUCUGGCUACGGGCCCCUGGGAGGUCCUGGAGAUGCCCAAAGGCCUCCCAUCUGCCAUCCUCCGUGGGACCUAGGUUCACACGGAGCAGGGGGUGGGCGGCCAUGGGGCAGCAGCGGCUGGCCCUGGCCCUGAGCGUGGUCAAGGCCGCACUGGUCCUGCUGGCGCUGCUGGUGCCCUCACAGGCGGUGGUGCGGGCCGUGCUGGAUGGCAACUUGAGCACAGUGGACUUUGCGGAUUUGCCGGCCAUGUUCGGGGUGCCCCUGGCCGCCGAGGGUGUGCGGGGCUACCUGAUGGAGGCCAAGCCGGCUAACGCGUGCCACCCCAUCGAGGGCCCCCAGCCGGUGGGCAACGGCUCGCUGGGUGCCAUCGUGCUCAUUCGGCGCUACGAUUGCACGUUUGACCUGAAGGUGCUGCACGCCCAGCAGGCCGGCUUCAAGGCCGCCAUCGUCCACAACGUCCUCUCGGACGACCUCGUGCGCAUGGCGCACGUGUAUGAGGACCUGCGGCGCCAGAUCUCCAUCCCCGCGGUGUUCGUGGGCGAGGCUGCCUCGCAGGAUUUGCGCGUCAUCAUGUGUUGUGACAAGUCAGGCCACGUCCUCUUGUUGCCCAACUACCCGCAGUGCCCUGACCUGGACUGCCACCCUAUGCUGGCCAUCUCCUGGGUGCUGGGCCGCACCCUGGCCCUGCUCAUGUCCACUUUUUUCAUCCUGAGACACCUGUGGAACUGGCUGUGGGCCUGGUGGACCUGCGGGCCUGUGACGGUCAAGAAGCCGGCCAGCCAGAAGGCCGAGGUCCGCACCUUCACCCGGCUCAAUGACUUGUGUGCCAUCUGCCUGGACGAAUACGAGGAGGGGGAGCAGCUCAAGAUCCUGCCCUGCUCCCACACCUAUCACUGCAAGUGCAUCGACCCCUGGUUCUCCCAGGCCGCCCAGCGCUCCUGCCCCGUGUGCAAGCAGUCGGUGGCCAGCACGGAGGACAGCUCCGACUCCACCAUUGAGAGCUGCUGCGAUGAGGACCCCUCGGUGCGCAGCCACCAGCCCCCCAUCUGGGCCAUCCAGGCCCGGCUGCGCUCGCGGAGGCUGGAGCUGCUGGCCCGGGCCAGCCCACACCGCUGCUGCAGUGCCACCUCCGUGGGGGUGGCUGAGGCCACGGAGCCCUCGGAGAGGCCCCCAGACCCACUCUGA